AUGGUCUUCCAAAUCAGUCGUGAGACGUCAAAGGACGUGGAAAAACCUCGUUUGCGAUAUUACACGACUUUGGAUCUCUACUCCGAUGAUGAUAAAAAUAUCUACCUAGAGAAGACUAAAGUUAGCUACAUGUCUCUCUUCCUUCUGGGCUUCAUGCCUCUUACGUUCAAGAAAACAGGACAAGGCGAGCGCGUUGAAUACAGAGCAACAUCUCGGGAGUCGAUAUACUCGAUGGUGGUUUUGACGACGGCUUUUUGCAUCCACGCCUUCACCGUCGUCAACAACGUGGCUCGGAUCAAGGAAGCCAAGAAGUUCAACGACGUCUUCACCGCGCUCUUCGACUCCUUCACGACGGCGCCUCUCAUCUCGAAAUUCCUCUCGUUUUCUCUGGAAAUUUCCCGCUCGCGCGCUUUCAUCACGGAUUGGCACAUGCUUCAAAUUCAUUACCAGCGAGUGACGGGAAAACGCUUCAAGACCAUUUUACAACAUUUCGAGAGAACGACGUACAUGACCCACUUCUGGUGCACGUUUAUACCAUUGUGUCUCUUCAGUGAGCUGAGAUUUGCCAAAAGCAUAACUUGGAAGAGGGUCGUCGAGCAAAUAUCCUACACGUACAACGCAACUUGCGCAUGGGAGCUGGCUGGAUUUUGGUACGUCAACACUCAAUGCCUUCGACUCAUUAUAGAGGAUUUGAAAGCAGAGGUCAGACAGGUAGGACAUCCACUCAAACGGCUGCUGAAAGAAUCGAAGACGACGGCGAAGCACACGGACGACCUGCGUUUCCUGUGGCUGAGCUUGAGCAGCCUCGUCCAGCAGCUGGGCACCGUCUUCGUCUUCACGCUCGUCACUCGGAUCUUCGUCAUGAGCAGCAUCUUCCUCGUCUCCGUCUACUUCGCCUUCGCGCCCAGCACCAUCCUCGAACACCAAUCCUUCGACGGGGCUUUCAGAUAUCACUUGAAGCUGGUCAUCCUCUUCUCCCUCCUCCUAUUCUUCUUCAACACCGGAUACACCAUCCGAAAAUGCGCUACAGAAGACUUCCAGUUGCAGCUUUUAUUCAUUCGACCGACCAAAGAGCAACGGAUGGCUGGUUUCGAGUUUCAGAUCAAGGUAUUUCUCCAAGCUCUCCGAUCUUUUCCUCCGAUCGUGAGCGCAUCUGGUCUCUUCACAAUCACGCGAAAAACCUUUUUGGCGGUAAGACACAACAUUUGGACACAAAUUACUACUAUUUAA